CGAAAACGAAAGUAGUUGAGUUGGUUCAAAGUUUACAUUUAUGUAGAAAACUACCUGUCUGCAUGACUCUCAUGUUACGUUUAUUAAAAUAACGCUUUACAACGGAAAAAGUUGAAGUUAUGGCAUGCGCAAAAGGGAUGGGCAGCCAAAGUGGCAAAGAAAAAAUCGAAGAAUACUUGAAAUGUUCGAUAUGUUUUGAGGUGUUUAGUUCACCAAGAUCUCUUUCCUGCCUCCACACUUUUUGUGAACAAUGUAUUUCUUCUCACAUAACAAAAUGUAUGGAAAACAGUUCAUUCAAAGAUGGUAUUGAAUGUCCAAUAUGUCGCCAAACUACACGGAUUCCUGAACAAGGAAAAUCGCCAGAAGAAUUCAGUAAAUCGCUGCCACUGAAUUACACAAUCUUGCCAUUACUUGAAUCUUUAACUUUAGAUGACAGUACCAAUGAUCCAGUGUGUAUGUCUUGUAGAGACAAUUGUACAACUUGUUUUGCUAUAUGUGAGAAUUGUUCAGGAGUUGUCUGUCCUGUUUGUGAUGAAAUGCAUAAAAAGCUGUUGAUAUUUAAAAACCAUAAGAUUGUAAGAAUAGGUGGCCCCCACAUCACCAUAUGUGUAAAGCAUCAAAAUAAAGGGCUUGAUUAUUAUUGCCAAGAUCAUGAAGAAAUUCUGUGUAGCACAUGUGCUGUGGUUGAUCGUAGAUCCUGUUCCAAAAUUCAUGAGUUAAAGGACAUUGCUACGUGUGACAGAUUACAAGAUAAGUGCAUGUCUAUAAAAAAGGAUCUUCGAUUGCUCCAGUCAACUGUUUCAGAAAAGAUUCAUCAAAUCCUGUCCUCUCAUGACACUGUGAAAAUUUCUUGUGCUGAAACUGAUACACAAGAAGAAAAAAUAGAGAAAUCAUUUGCAGAGUACAAAAAGAAGAAAGAAUCAUAUCUUGAAAAAUGUGAAGAGAAGGCAAAAGAAUGCUUGUUAGCUUGUCAGAACUGUCUGGAAAAGAUAAAUGCAGUAACACAACUGUUUGAAAUGUCUGAAAAGAGUCCACAAACCACAGAUCGUUUCUUGAUAUUGAAGGACUUUGCAGCUAAUGUCCAGGUAUUGAAAAAUGAGACAAAUCAUCUUGAAGGCAUUCCCACAGAAUUUAACUUGGACUGUCCAGUAACAUUUAAGAAAUCAAUAGCAGGAAAUGUAGUUUCAGAAGAUAAAGAAGACAAAUGUACUCAGACAGAUGAUGAUUUUGAACCACCAACCGCAAGGUCCAUUGCUUCUCCACUGGCAGAACUUAAUGAAGCUCCUAUUGAUAUCAAUGUACAGUUGAAAAAUGAAAAAAUGAUUUUUGGCUGCGAGGGGCAAAAGGCAGUAUGGUAUAUCUGCCUUGUAUCUGUAAGACAUGGCCAUUAUGUUGCUUUUGACAAUCAAAAUAAUGAAUGCUGCUUAAUGAAUGAAAAUUGUUCGGUUCUGUAUAAGCUUCCCAUUUUAGAUUUGGUUCCAAAAAGGAUUUGUGCAAAGGAUCAAAACAGUGUUAUAGUUCUUGCAAUAGACUUCCGUGUUUGCUUUGUAGGAAUAGAUUAUGUUAAUAAAACACUUGCAGUGCAGAGAUCAACAGUGAUGCAUUUCUGUGGAGAUAUUUAUGAUAACUCUGAUUGCCUGAACAUUGAUAUGCUUAAUGUCUCUGACAUUGUUAUUUGUGCAAACACAGAUAUAAUCAUAUUUGAUGAAUCACAAAAUCAAAAAUCACAUUUGAUACUACAGAUAUUGAUGUUAGAAAAGAAAAAAUGAAAUCAUUGAAGGUAAAUCAGAAAUUAAAAAUGAUUUAUAUAUCUGAUUUCCAGUCAAACACUGUGUUAUUUUAUUCCUAUGGCAUGGAACAGUUCAUUACAUUAAAGAAAGUAAAGGCACCAGUAGGGAUUGACUUUGACAGUAAAAACAAUGUUUAUGUUUGUAGCCAAGCUGAAGACUGUGUUGUAGUUUUCUCACCAAAAGGGAAGUUUAUUAAAAAAAUCC